UCCAAAACCCAGCACGAAGAACCGAAAUGAAACUACGCGGCCAGCAGCAACAGAGGAGGGCGGAGCCGGAGGCGAUGGAGAGCACCGCCCGCGUCUUCCCGCCCCUUAAAAGGCCAGCCACGAACCGCCAAGCCGCCUAUCGUCUCAACCUCGAGCAACGCUUCGGCGCCGCUGCAACCGUCGCCGAGGGCUUCCAAGCAGACGACGCGGCCGCCGGUCAGGGAGAACCCGCGACCGGAAGAGGAUGGAGGUCAGCGACGAAGAGAGCGUGACCGGCCCCGCCCGCACGCCGGACACGGACUCGGAGCCGGAGCAGCCGGACCCCGCCGCGGCCCCAGCGGCUAUCGCGCCGUACCCCGGGGACAUCGACGACGAGACCGAGGCCGACCUCGCCCGCCUGCUGGACUCCUCGGAGCAGCCUGACCCCGCCGCGCUCCGGGCGGGUAUGGAGCCGUACCUCGGGGACAUCGACCGAUACAUGCGGUCCCUGGAGGCAUCGAGGAGGCCGAGGGAUGACUAUAUCUGGACAACACAGGAAGAUAUCAAUCCCAAGAUGAGGGCGGUCCUAGUUGACUGGCUGGUGGACGUGUCUUGUACAUUCAGGCUUCCUGCUGACACACUUCACCUUGCAGUUUCAUAUGUCGACUGCUUCCUCACAGCAAGUGUCAUUAAAUGGCACGAGUUGCAAUUACUUGGUGUGACCGCAUUGCUUGUUGCUGCGAAAUAUGAAGAUGACAUAUUUGUGCAUGAGGUCCAAAGAUACAGGGGCGUUACUGCCAACACGUACACCACGAAGCAGGUUGUGAAGAUGGAGACUGACAUACUGAAAUCUCUUAACUUUGAGAUGGGGAGUCCUACUGCAAGAACUUUUCUACGGAGAUACAUAACUGUUUGCCGCGGACGCGAUCGCGCAAAAGCAAAGAAGCUGGAGUUUCUGUGUAGCUACCUUGCAGAAUUGAGCUUGCUGGACUAUGACUGCAUACAGUUCAAUCCAUCAGUUGUUGCUGCUGCCUGCCUUUUUUUGGCCAGGUUCAUAAUCAGCCCAACUGCCCGUCCUUGGAACCUGACGCUGCAAAGGAACACGAAAUACAAGGUCUCUGAUCUCAAGUCUUGCAUCUUGAUGAUACACAAAUUGCAGUUGAAUGGAUAUCCGGGCCUGAAAGAAGACGCCAUCAAAGUCAAGUAUAAUGAUCGCGAGCUUGAGCAUGUGUCGGCAAUGGAUCCACCUGAAAAUAUCCCUCUGCGUUUCCUCAAGGACAUCGGACAGUGAAAGGCCAAAGUGCUCUUGCAACAUCUUUUGCAGGCUUUGCAGAAACUACAAAUAGGAUUCUUUUGUUAGUAGAUAGACUACAGGCUCUGUUCAGGCAUUACGGAUUUGGGGCAUCAUCUGUCGGCUUCCUGCAUCCAUGCCUGCCGGGCCUAAGCAGAAUCAGUUCCAUCCAUGCCUGCCGGGCUUUAGCAGAAUCAGUUCCAGUUCCAGUUGCGUUGAUAGCAGUGCGGCUACCUUCAUUGAUAUGUUGACAUGAUA